CUUCAAACAAUGGUAGGCCGUUCGGCUUCCGUGCGGCUCCUCAUGAUGAACCUGAUCGGCGAACGAGCGGGUCAAAAACAGGUUGACGGACAGAAAAUGAGGGGUGGAUGUGUGCGUGUGGGGUGUUCACUGCUCGUGUACUUCUGACUAGCUCAACUACAAUAAGCGCCUUGCUCCUUCGCGGAUGGUGCAGUUGGCUUCCCAGCCUUUCUCCCGCCAUCAUGUCUGCGUGUCAUUGUAACCAACCUCUAUAUGCCUCCGCUAGGAUCGCCAAUGAUCCAGCCAUCGCCGCCCAAAGUCUUCGACAACUAUGACAAGUACACUCCCGAGGCUUCGCUAGAUCCCGGAGAUAAACCCGAGGCUCUGCUCAACGUCACGCGCGGGGCAAUUCGUGUGCCUUCUCCAAACCCGUCCCUGAUAUCGAUAGACGACUCGAAUAACAUACGGCUUGGUCGCGAUGUGGAUCACCUACCUGUACAAGAUGGCUGGAGACAUGCUUCUCACUCACCAGUUCCUCCACGGACUGUGAAAGACAAGGCAAGACUGUUCUGGGUAGUGAACAAGGGCUUGGUUUUUGUGAUGAUUGCGCAACUUUUCGGCACGAUGAUGAAUGUUACCACAAGAAUCCUGGAGGUGGAAGGCAAUGAUGGCAAAGGAUACCAUCCGCUCCAAAUUCUCUUCGUCAGAAUGAUUGUGACAGCCGUCUGCGCAUCGUUCUACAUGUACCACCAGAAAAUAGAGCAUUUUCCGUUUGGCCUGAGGGAGAUAAGGCCUUUGUUAGUUGCCCGUGGUGUGUCAGGCUUUUUUGGAGUUUUUGGAAUGUACUAUUCCUUACAAUAUCUUCCUCUCUCUGACGCCACAGUCAUAACGUUUCUAGCUCCUAGCCUCGCAUGCUGGGCAUGCUCCUACCUGAUCAACGAGCCGUUCACCCGCAUGGAACAGAUUGCUGCAUACAUUUCUCUCUUUGGUGUCGUUUUGAUCGCAAGACCCGCCUCAUUAUUCACCUCGAUCUCACAUCCCGAUGCGCCAGCCCUAGGCGAUACACACCCUGUGAAUGCGACAGUCAGUCGACUUUCCUUAGACUAUGACUCUGUUACGCCAAAGCAGCGAGGAAUGGCAAUCGGCAUAGCAAUGUUGGGCGUAUUUGGAGCAGCAGGCGCAUACACGACCGUCCGGUGGAUCGGCAAGCGCGCACACCCGCUUAUUACGGUCAACUACUUUGCGACAUUGUGUACCAUUAUCAGCUUUGUAGCGAUGUUUGUGGUCCCUGAUGUCGGGUUUUUGCUUCCAAGGUACUUCAAAGAUUGGUGUUAUCUGAUGUUCUUAGGACUCUGUGGGUUUGCUCUGCAAUUUCUCCUCGCGACCGGCCUCCAAUACGAGAAAUCAUCGCGCGCAACAAAUAUGGUGUACACGCAGAUGUUGUUUGCAUUGACGUUCGACAAGUUGAUCUGGGGCACAACACCCAGUGCUUUGUCGAUUGUUGGGUCAUCCUUGAUCCUCGGUUCAGCGAUCUAUGUUGCGAUGAACAAGGAAUAUGUGAAGAAAGACGAUGUGGUUAGAGGACGUGAAGAUACAGACGAAGAGCAAGGAUUGAUGUCUUUCGAAGAAGAACCAAGAGAUGAAAAUACGAGUAUUGCCAUGAGACCACUGAGGAUAUGAUAGGCUUUGCCUCGUUUGGGCGUUACGGGAAAGGUUACACAUAUCAUAGAUCACGAUCUGGAACGAUAGCAUGACAAUGUCAAGAUUUAUAGAGUUAUACAAUCACUCUCGGUUUCAUACUCUGGUAUUCACUGGGCUCGUCUGGAGAAUGAUUCGUUCUCUACUCACAAGAAGACUAUGGUUAAA